UCGAUACGUAGCUAAGGAAUCUUUGAACACUCCGGCCUCCGGAUGAGAGUGCAGAGGGUCAAGACAUCGAAACACGUUGAUAUGCAAGAGUUGUGCUUAUUUGACGUUACGCUUCACAGGUAGCGCGCUCCAGCUGGUUUAUCUGUACGCACAAGAAACUAAUCGACGCUAUAAUUUUCUUGUGAGCAAACUCGUGAUUGACGUGUUUUUUCGCAGAUCAACAUAUUUGCCUUCCUGAAGUUGGAAAAUUCAUCGUUGGCGCUGAACCGUCGAUUAAAUUUAAACCAGCUAAGAGUCAAGGAAUAUGAUUACACCUUCGCACUUUGCAACAGCGGGUUACUGAAUGCCUGUUAAGACGUGGACGUUCACAAUUUAUGUUUCCGCUCAAGGAGACUGCGUUUAAAAACCGUAAAGAGGCGUCAAGCUUCGAAACAGACGAUUGCAUCUUCAUUGUUGUUUCUCGAAUUAUUGUGAUUAGAACGUCACUUGGUCCAAUAUAUGCACUGACAAAAAAAAACAACAACUGACCUAUAUCUGUCUCAGAAGCAAACGACCUGCUGAAAACAACAACAAUUCUGUUAUGACGGUACGAAGGUAAAUUUGAUCAGACGCAAACUCGUUGUUUACAUCAGCAAGAUCUCAGGAGAGAAAUAACAAUGGAAAGACCUCGUCAAAGAUCAUUGCAAAAGGAAAUUUUGAUUCAAGUUUCAGAGUUUCCUUCGAGAUCGAAUGCCCCUUUAAUCAGACAGCGGUCACGAUCGUUAGGAGAAGGGGAAAGCUUGAAUCCUAUCAUUAAUAAGAAAGUGAUUCAAAUAAAACUUCCAAAGCAGAGUCCCAGAUCACUGAACAACAGUGCAACUUCAUUGUCAUCACUUGAUGCCUCAGCUGGCUCUCACUCUCCCUCAUCUCCUCGAAGCAACAAGACACUAGCAAUUCAGAGACUGUUUGGAAGGAGCAAAGAGAAUCAUGGUGCACAUAGUGGAAGAGAAGAUUCAGAGAACGAGGAUGGCGGCUUCAAGUUAAAGUUGAAUGUACCUACAACAAGGCACAAACAGUUCUCUAAAGUCCUGGCUGAACUCAAAGAUAGAACGAUGCCCUCCUCGCUGGGCAGGCGCCGCAGCAAAACUCAAGAGUCUUCGACAACAGACUCUCGUAACAGCGCUGAUAGUGAUGGUGGACAAGGUCGGCCUCGGGGGGCUACUUCAGUUGUGAGCUCUUCCAGCGGUGCUGGGUCAGAGAUUCAAACGAGGGCAAGAAGUGGCACAGGAUUGUCCUUUAAUGAAGAUGACUCUGGCGAAGUAGAUUCGCUUGAUGGAACGUUUAGUUCUCAAGAUAAGGAAUAUGAUGAAGUUGAUGGACAGAUAAUCGACUCAGAGAAACGAAGACAGCGCGUGGAGCACUUGAAUUUCAAGAUAAGAAGAACCAAGGAACAGAUUCGACAGCUACAAGAUGAGAGAGAUGAAUAUGUGAAAGAGUACCUGGAAUCGACAGAGGGCGGCUCGCAAAAAUCUAAGGCUGUCUUCGAGAAGAAAAACCAGAAGACAAAUUCGGCAGUGGCUCAACAGCAGAAAAAGCUGGAGAAAUAUCAUAAUGAACUAAUGGGACUGGAAAUGAAUGGUGCAGCCCCAAGUGGACACAUUGCUAAAGAAGUAUUCAAGGGGGUCAGAGACGGAGUGAAGGGGGCGGUUACCAGGCCUCUUGAGAUUAUCAAGCAUCGGAGGUUUGGCAGCGCGGAGAAUGUGAGCACAACAACGUCAAGUCCCGGAUCAAAGAUCGAUGGCCUUGAAGAGGAACCGAACAGCCCUCUUGGUGAAGAGGGUUAUGUGGCAGAUUCCAACCUAAGUGCGGCGAGAUACAACAGCGACGAUGAUUCGUCGAGUGUAGCGUCAGCUACACAUAUUGGGGUCCCAACCCACAGUAACAGCCCACGUCACAGCCUCCCUCCCAGUCCUCCCACGUCUUACGAUCAGGAUAUAGGCGAACUUCGGAAGGUCAAUGCCAAGCUGCACGAACAAAUAGACAACUUAACGCGUCAGUUAAAUUUUAUGGCCGAAUCACUUCACGAAGAGAGAUGCAAUUCCGAGCAAUUGCGAGACUCACUGAGGAACAUAACAACGGAGUGGAAUGACGUGUCAGAACUACGUCAAAACGAGAUGAUAACCGUAAAACAAGAGCUUGAAAGAGCCGAGGAGCGCAUUGAACGAAUUGAAUACCGGUCUGCAGAACGAGCCAACGAGAUCGAGGAAGCGCUGGAGUCUUACGUCACAAGGGUUUUAAAAAUUGAAGCAUUUCAACAGCAGAGCCAACAGAUGAUGGGGCUGGAUGAUUACUUUGAUCAGAGCGCGCAGGCCAAAGCGCUUUUAUCAAAAUUUCUAACAGUGGUGCUCGCCAUUUUACAAAUUUUACUUAUUAUAUGCACGACGUUAGCCAGAAUAGUUAUUCCCUUCACAAGAACAAGGUUUCGUAUUGCAAUAACAAGUGUCGUUAUUUUAACCGUGGCCAUAUUAUGGAGAUAUCAAGAGAGCGACAAUGUGCGGUUCGUUAUGGAUAGCGUCACAGGACAGUUCACAAUGAUUAGAGAAAGACUCGCAUCUCUCGUAUUUCCCCUUGUAAACUUCGUGAGAAAGAUAUAUCAGAGAGACUAGUUAUGACAAAGAUUUGUUUGAC